CGUUCUCUCUCUCAUCAACCAAAGGAAAACAGUUUGCGAGGAAGAAGAAAUCUGACAUUUGUUUUCCCCUCUCUUCCGUUCCGCUCCCCUCCUCCCCAAAUUGUAUUUUCUCUCUCUAACCAUCUCUAGAUUCUCUCUCUACAAAGAAAGCUAAACCGAAUCAUCAAUGUCGGUGGUGGACGACCCAAGCAUGUUUAUGAUCGACGAGACCUACGAGUUCUCGGCGCCUCGAUUCUUUGACUUCAUCGACGGCGAGUCCGAAGAGGAUAUGCGCAAGGCAGAGCUCUGGUUUGACACCGCUCUUAGCUACGCCCCAUCACCUUUUAUGCCAAAAAUUAAGGCAGGUAGAUCGGUUCAGCUUGAGAGCCUCUGUGAUUUUACUGAAGCCGAGCAUUCGCAGAAGCCAUCAGAAACAAUAACUAUAGUAAACAGCGCAAAGGCAUCAAUUUUAGAGCCGGAGAAGGAAGAUAAAGGGCCUCAAUCUGAGUCCAUUCCUGCUGAAAUCUGUGAGGAUAAAGUAAACCCAAAUCAGGGUAAAGAAGAACUUAGUACCAGCAUCAUUAAUCCGGUCCCUGCUGAUAAGAAGAUUUGUGAAGCCAAGGAGGGUGCAUGCACUCAAACUCAAGAAAAUGGAAGUGUUCUAAAUGGAAGUGCUUCUUCCGCUGUCAAAGUUGAACUUCCAAAUGAUAAGGGUAAUGCAUCGAAUGCCCCAGGAGUUGAAAUUUGCACUCCUAAACCAUCUACGAUUUCUCAGAAGGUUGACAAGCAAACUCAUUUGAAGAACCAGACAGCCAAAAAGAUAGCUAGCAUGGUCAGGAACCCAUCAGCUCUGAAGUCAAAAAAUCAAUGGCAGUCAGCACAAGCUAAAAGCAUAAAACCCACCAGUGUGAGAAGAGACAAAAAUAUGAAAAGCUCUGUUGGGACUCCUAAUUUUGCUCAAGAAAACCAAGCCAUAAAGAGGCAAAAACUGGAAGGAGGAAAAUCUAGACCGAUCCUUAAUAUUAAAACUCAAACUCUACCCCACAAAUCAAGACCUGGUUUAAUGAGCACCAACUCCAACUUGUACUCUUCAACUAACAAAACUCAUAAAGAGGACAGAAAGGUUUAUGUUCGGGAACCAGCUCCUUUUGUCUCAAUGGCGGAAAUGAUGAAAAAGUUUCAAUCAAGUACAAGAGGGAUGUCUCUGCCCCGCAUUAGCAGUUCUCUUUCGCAUAAUGAUGCUGCUUCAACAAGGCAGAGGCCAAAACUCACGCUCACAAGGCCCAAGGGACCAGAAUUUGAAACGUCCCAGCGGGUACGUUCAGUUAGGGUUAAGAGUUCUGCUGAACUUGAGGAAGAAAUGAUGGCUAAAAUUCCAAAAUUUAAGGCUCGGCCAGUAAACAAAAAGAUUCUGGAAGCUCCAACAUUACCGGCAUUACCAAGAAGCACACCCCAGCUACCGGAAUUUCAGGAAUUCCACUUAGAGACAAUGGAAAGGGCCAUUCAGAAUGCAGAAACAUCUACAGUAGCCUCAAUAGAAUCUGCUCCUCAAAAUCAUCAGUGGAAGCCUCAUCAUCUAACAGCACCCAAGUCACCCCUUCUACAAACUUUACUUAGGGCACGUCCACCCAGGAUUAAAAGUUCUCAAGAACUGGAAAGGGAAGAACUUGAAAAAGUUCCAAAAUUCAAGGCAAGGCCUUUGAAUCCGAAGAUAUUUGAAAGCAAAGGGGAACUGGGAAUGUAUUGUAACACAAAGCGAGACAUUACUGUACCACAAGGAUUUCACUUUGCAACAGACGAGAGGUUUCCCCCACCAGCCACCAUUGCUGAUCUGUUUGACAAGCUUUCAUUGAAUUCAGAACCUCAACAUGAGAAACAGCUUGUAAGGAACACCACACCAAAUCCCUUUCAUCUUCACACCGAGGAAAGAGGGGCAGAGAAAGAGAGGAAGUUCGUGAUGGAAGUCAUUCAUAAACAGUUGGAAGAGGAGAGAGCUAGGAUUCCAAAGGCUAACCCUUAUCCUUACACUACUGAUUAUCCUGUGAUUCCACCAAAACCGGAGCCAAAGGUAUGCACAAAAGCAGAACCUUUCCAAUUGGAGAGUCUGGUGAGACAUGAAGAGGAAAUGCAAAGGGAAAUGGAAGAAAGGCGGAGGAUGGAGAUGGAAGAAGCUCAGAUGAGGAUUUUCAAGGCUCAGCCGAUCCUGAAAGAGGAUCCAAUUCCAGUUCCUGAAAAAGAGCGGAAACCCCUCACAGAGGUUCAACAAUUCAAGUUGCAUCUAGAUACUCGAGCAGUGGAUAGAUCAGAAUUUGACAAAAAGAUUAAGGAGAAAGAAAUGAUGUAUAAACGAUACAGAGAAGAAGCAGAGUCUGAAAAGAUGAUGGAAGAAGAGAAGGCCUUGAAGCAAUUAAGAAGGACAUUAGUGCCCCAUGCUAGGCGGGUGCCCAAGUUCAACCACCCUUUUAUCCCACAGAAAUCUUCUAAAGAAAUUACAAAGCCGAAAUCUCCAAAAUUGAAAGUGGUUCAGAGAAAGGAAAGACGAAAAAUGUUCAGUACUGUAGCAGCAGCUUCCAGUGCAGCCUGUCUUAUGAGGUGAUUGUCAUGAUGAUGAUGAUGAUGGGCUUGGUGACUGACUACUGUUCAAGAACACUUGAACCCCCAACCUAGUUUAGGCUGCACCAGUUCUAGUACUAGGAGAAAAGAGUAUUGUGUUGGUAAAAUCAUUCUUUUAGUGCCAACUUUUGUACUUAUAACCCAUUCAUGUAAGGUGUAUUCUAAUAGAAUGUUGUUAUAUUUUACCUGUAAGCUUACAAACUUUCACUUCAAAAUAAGCAGACUAAUGUUGUGUUUGGGAGGAUUCAAA